UGAGUGGUAGAGGAAAACAGAUAGAGCAUAGACCUGAAAACGAUUACUCCCGAAAUCUUGUACAGUGUAUGUACCGAAUAGGGAUUGUUACAUGAAUCGGAUUUCGAAUAAUACUUAGGCAGCGUAUGAAUGCAAUAAUUGAUGGUCUUUUCGCGAUGCGUUUGUGGUGAGUCAAGCUUAGGAUAGUCUACUUGGCUCAGUGAAUUGCACAGUAGGCUAUGUGGGAAAAUGAGUACCGACAAAAGUAAAGUAUGGAUCUUUAUGUCAACUAAAGUCUUGUUUUCAAGGUUUUUGUAUUUCUGUGGCGGACUCCAGGAGGAGGAGGUGGGCAGCAGCAGCAGGUGAUCACUAGAUUUGUCCUGGGAGUUUCAGUGCAGCUAGCGCGAAUGGGAUACAUCAGACUUCAGAUAGGGCCUGGCUGGGAGAGGGAGUAAGUAUGGACAACCUUUCCGACUUUGGGUCCCUAUGUCCGUCUAGCCGAAGGGAAUGGGACACCAGCAGCUGUGUGGACGAUUUGAUGGAUGAAGAUGAGAAAGACAGGGCAAAAAGGGCAUCUCGUAACAAAUCGGAAAAGAAAAGAAGAGACCAAUUCAAUGUGCUCAUCAAGGAGCUGUGCACCAUGCUGCAGGGCCAAGGUCAUCCGCGCAAGAUGGACAAGUCCACCAUACUGCAGAGAACGAUCAACUUCCUGCACACACAGAAAGAAAUCACAGCACAGACCGAGUCGUGUGAGAUCCGGCAGGACUGGAAGCCUUCGUUCCUCAGUAAUGAGGAGUUCACCCAGUUGAUGCUGGAGGCUUUAGACGGUUUCCUCAUAGCACUAACUACAGAUGGAAACAUUAUAUAUGUGUCCGACAGCGUGUCUUCACUCAUUGCCCAUUUACCGUCAGAUAUGGUGGACCAAAAUAUCUUGAACUUUCUCCCUGAGCGUGAGCAUGGGGAGGUCUAUAAGCUGCUAUCAUCCCACAUGCUGAUGACUGACCCCAUCUCUGCUGACAGUAAGACACACAUUGAGUUCUGCUGUCAUUUAGCCAGAGGAAACAUCGACCCAAAGGAACCCCCUACAUAUGAGUACGUGAAAUUUGUAGGAGAUUUCAAGUUUCAUAACAAUGUGCCUACUUCCUCUUGUAACGGGUUUGAGUUGACAUUACCAAGAACCCUGCAGUCAUCACUGGAAGAGCAGGUCUGCCUUGUUGCCACUGUACGAUUAGUCACUCCGCAGUUUUUAAAGGAUUUGUGUAAUGUGGAAGAUCCCUGUGAUGAAUUCACAUCCAGACACAGCCUUGAAUGGAAGUUCCUGUUCUUAGAUCACAGAGCUUCACCAAUCAUCGGCUACUUGCCCUUUGAGGUUCUUGGGACUUCUGGCUAUGAUUACUAUCAUGUGGAUGACUUGCAGCUUAUAGCGCGGUGUCAUAAGCAAUUAAUGCAGUUUGGGAAGGGUAAAUCCUGCUACUAUCGGUUUCUGACCAAGGGGCAGCAGUGGAUCUGGCUCCAGACACACUACUACAUUACAUACCACCAGUGGAACUCCAAGCCAGAGUUCAUAGUGUGCACUCACACAGUCGUCAGUUACGCGGAGGUGAGAGCGGAGAGGAGGAGAGAGUUUGGCUUGGAGGAGACGUCACCUGAGAUGGCCACUUCGUCCUCCAUAAAGGCUCAGGAGGUGUACCUGGACAUCUGUCCCAAUCUGGACCCUCCCGGACAGGACAGGAUGAGCGGGGCAUGCUCAGUGUCCUCCCACAGCUCCCGGAAAUCCUCCCACACAGCCCUGUCCGACUCGGCAUCCAACACGUCCUUGCGGUUCACAGACGCUUGCACACCAUCACGACAGUCUGCAUCAGUCGCGGGGACAGAGAAGAAUUUGGCCAGACUCGUACCCAGUAGUGCAAAGACUUUGGUACAGAGGCAAAACUCUUUUGACCUCCUUCCCCAACUGAGCCUACCCCCUUCUCCUACCUGCAGCCAGCACUCCGUAAUGCAACAACAACAGCAGCAGCAGCAGUCCAUGUACCAACAGCAGCCCCAAGAGCCUCAGCUAGGUGUGAUGAACCAGCUCAAGGAGCAGCUGGAGGAGAGGACACGCAUCCUGCAGAUGGACAUCAAGACUCAGCAGCAGGAGCUGCAUGACAUCAAGGAGAAGCUUCAGCUAGCUAACCUCCAGAUGUUGUUACAGCAACCCAUCCACGGUGACUUUGGCCAGGUCCAACAGCAGCAGCCUCAGCAGCAGGGUCCAGGGAGGCCGGUCCAGCAGCAUCAGCCCCAGUCUAGGGUGAUCAGGCAGGCCUCGGCCCACUCCAAACAGCCUCUCCAUGGAGCCCACGACUCGUCCCCUCACUCUCUCCUCAGAGAGCACAGCACACCCUCCCCUCAGGUGCAGCAGAGAUUGAUAAGGAAUGCAGGCGGGCAGAUGCAGGCAGUCAGUCUCCCGGUGCACACCCACACCAGCCUGACCAUGCCCUUUUACAGCAACCCCAUGAUGUUCUCUCAGCAGAUGAACACACAGCCACUGCAGGACGCAAACCAAAGACACUCAGACACCGAGUUCAGUCAAGAGGGACAGUUACGCAUGCUGCUCAACCAGCCAAUGCAUACCCUCUUACCUGAUAGCAGUAUGAGCUCCCAGACUUCCCAGUGCAACACAGCCAUCCAGCAAACCAAAUACACCCUGGAGCAGCAGAUGAUGACCCCGUCGUUCCCCAUGCAGCAGGUGAACUGCAAUGCUGUCCUGGUCCCCUCCCCUGUAUUCACGUCCCCCAUCAUGAUCCCUCACAACAGCUUUAUCACGCACCAGGCCCAGCCCACCUACCACCCUCAGCAGCAGGCCAACCAUCACUCUCUACAGCUGCAGCAGCCCCAGCAGUUCUUUCAGAUGCAGCCCCAAGGACUCUUACACAGUGGACCCACUCAGGCGUUCUUCCACGCCACUAAUAUCCCACAGCAAGGUACUGUGGGUUAUAUUCAACCGCAGCAGCAGCAACCACAACAACAGCAGCAACAACACCACCAUUCCCAAAACCAGACUGGCAACCUUUCAGACUUCCGAAAUAUGCUCACUCGGUAGCACCGAAGACUCAAACAGAGUUGUUAGUUAUCCCCUGAAAUGUAUUGUCACAGGUUCAGUGGCAGAAUUAUAUGGGAUGCAUAGAAGAGACAGAGGCUAUUUGGCGCCAUGCUGUGCAGUGUUAUUCGCUGUUUAAGAAGCCAAAGUGGCUUUGUUUUCACAGCAAAAAAAAAAAAAUGAAAAUAUGCCUGUGGUGACCUUACUUCUGAUAAGGAGCCACCCUUUUCAGACAAAGCCGUUUUUGUACCCCAUGCUGGGGUGAACCACAGUCAGAGGCUGCUUGGACCGGUGGCGGCCCCCAAUGUGACAGCUCUCCCAGAAAUGAAAAAGGAGUCAGUGUGCUGAAGGCUUGUGCUUCAGUGCACCACCAGCCUCUCUGUCCCACUCCACAAAGCUAUUUCAUCAUGACACUGCUGGAUGGAGAAAACUAUGAAAGUAAUCAUAAGGAAAACAGUUAUGCAGAUAUGUUUUCAAAAAUAAAAUAGGUUAUUGUUAGGUGAGUCUAGUUGUGCACUGACUGCACUUGUUCAUAGCAUCUGUCCUGAUGUUCAGAGAGUAAACACAAGCAGUGAACAUUUACUUCUUCAAAGUUGCAUCUUCAUUUCACAUGAAAAACACUUUGUGUCUGUGAGUUAUGGUUUUGUUGUGCAGUUGUUGCAUACUUUUUUGUUAUGAAACAGCAGUUUUACAAACCUAUAAAACAACAAUAUUUUCCCCAGAAGGAAAUGUAAAGGGUUCAUUUUGAUGUUGGACAUCAGUUGUUAUUUCAUCACACAUUCAAAUCAGUCAUCCUAGAUACAGUGCAUUCGGACCACUUCCCUUUUUCCACAUUUUGUUACGUUACAGCUUUAUUCUAAAAUGAAUUAUAUCUAUUUUUUCCUCAUCAAUCUACACAAAAUACCCCAUAAUGACAUAGCAAAAACUGGUUUUUAGACAUUUUACAAAUUUAUAUAAAAAAAUAAAAGGAAAUGUCACAUUUACAUAAGUAUUCAGACCCUUUAAUCAGUACUUUGUUGAAGCACCUUUGGCAGCGAUUACAGCCUCGAGUCUUCUUGGGUAUGACGCUACAAGCUUGGCACACAUGUAUUUGAGGAGUUUCUCCCAUUCUUCUCUGCAGAUCCUCUUAAGCUCUGUCAGGUUGGAUGAGGAGCGUCGCUGCACAGCUAUUUUCAGGUCUCUCCAGAGAUGUUCGAUCGGGUUCAAGUUUGGGCUCUGGCUGGGCCAUUCAAGGACAUUCAGAGACUUGUCCCGAAGCCACUCCUGCGUUGUCUUGGCUGUGUGCUUAGGAUCGUUGUCCUGUUGGAAGGUGAAUCCUUGGCCCCAGUCUGAGGUCCUGAGCAUUCUGGAGCAGGUUUUCAUCAAUAAUCUCUCUGUACUUUGCUCAGUUCAUCUUUCCCUCGUUCUUGAAUAUUGUCCCAGUCCCUGUCGGAUGCUGCCACCACCAUGCUUCACCAUAGGGAUGGUGCCAGGCUUCCUCCAGAUGUAAUGCUUGGCUUUAAGGCCAAAGAGUUCAAUCUUGGUUUCAUCAGUCUAGAGAAUCUUGUUUCUCAUCGUCUGAGAUUCUUUAGGUGCCUUUUGGCAAACUCCAAAGAGGGCUGUCAUAUGCCUUUUACUGAGGAGUGGAUUCCAUCUGGCCACUCUACCAUAAAGGCCUGAUUGGUGGAGGGCUACAGAGAUGGCUGUCCUUCUGGAAGGUUAUCCCAUCUAGACAGAGGAACUCUGGAGCUCUCUCAGAGUUACCAUUGGGUUCUUGGUCACCUCCCUGACCAAGGCCCUUCUACCCCGAUUGCUCAGUUUGGCCAGGUGGCCAGCACUAGGAAGAGUCUUGGUGGUUCCAAACUUCUUCCAUUUAAGAAUGAUGGAGGUCACUGUGUUCUUGGGGACCUUCAAUGCUGCAGACAAUUUUUGGUACCCUUCCCCAGAUCUUUGUCUCGACAUAAUCCUGUUUCGGAGCUCUACGGACAAUUCCUUCAACCUCAUGGCUUUUUUUUUGCUCUGACAUGCACUGUCAACUGUGAGACCUUAUAUAGACAGGUGUGUGCCUUUGCAAAUCAUGUCCAAUCAAUUGAAUUUACCAUAGGUGGACUCCAAUCUAGGUUGUAGAAACAGCUCAAGGGUGAUCAAUGGAAACGGGAUGCACCUCAGCAAAGGGUCUGAAUAUUUAUGUAAAUAAGGUAUUUCAGUUUUUUUAAUAUAAAUUUGCAAACAUUUCUAAAAACCUGUUUUCGCUAUGUUAUUAUGAGGUAUUGUGUGUAGAUUGAUGAGGAAUUCAUUGUUAUUUAAUGCAUUUUAGAAUAAGGCUAUAACGUAAUAAAUGUGGAGAAGGUCAAGGGGUCUGAAUACUUUCCGAAUGCACUGUAUACUGUAAUUGAUAUCAUUAUUAAACACUAUAGUAUUGUCACCACCCAACACUAUUAGUCCAUGUUUGAAAAAAUAUAUUGUUUAAAUGACUGACAAAGCAUCUGGAAACCUAUCCUCAUACAAGUAUAACCCUAUUAUGUUCACUAUAGAAUCAAAUAUUUUGACAUUUAAUUUUCUAAAACUAAAGAAAAGUACCAAUUACUAAUGCCAACAUUUUCAUUAAAUAAUUCGUAAAAAUCAGGCUUCAUAUUUUAUUAUUCACACUUUAAUGGACGGAGCAAACCUUAUUAGUAGACUACCAUAGCAUGUUUGUUAAUUUACCAUAUAUUACAAAACAAGUGUAAGCAGGCAGCCAUUAUUGUUAUGUCUUGCUGUUCUACUGUGUGCAUUUUUAUUGGGGAAUUUAAAUAUAAAACAAUACCCACUGGGCACACCACGUCAUUUUAAUAUGGAAAUGUGGGUCAUAUUUGGUUGAGACGUUGAUCAAUGAGAUUUCAACAUUUAUUCACCAACUCAAAAAGACAACCAGAAGUUUGUUGAAUUCCCAAUGUGUUGUCACUAUGCUUUCAACCAUCUAAAAGCACAACCAAAUUCCAAUGGAAAAACAAUGCCUGAUUUUUGGUUCAGUUGUCGUCUAAAUGUGUUAUCACUGCGAUUUCAACCAUUUAAAAGCACAACAAAGUUCAAAUGGGAAUAGAAUGUCAGAUAUGUUGUAUUUAUACAACAACUUAAUGUGUUAUCACUGUGCUUCAUCUCAUAGCACAACCCAAUGACCUGGAUUGCAGUUUAGGUUACAUUUAAAAGUACAUAGUGAAAGUGAUCAAUUCUGUUCAAGAUUCUGCACAGAUUAUUAUAGCAAUCUCUACAGACCUGUGACCUUUGCAUGCUAUUUUGAACAAGCCCGCUUUCUAUGAUUACAUAAGACAUUUAGAGUUACAGUAGGCUAAUUUCAAAAUGUGGCCAUGGAUGCAUUACUCAUUUAGGCUGAAUAAAUACUCUUACAUUAGUUUGUAAAAUAGCCUUAACUUUAGGCUAUUUACUGUAUCACAAAAGUAAUAUUGAAUUGUGUUUGGUGGACAACAACCAAAUAUCAACAUUUAAAGGAUAUCUAACGCUUGGAUGGUUUCAUCUGAGCCACUGGCUUAAUCCUAUUCUUUAACUUUUAUUUUUGGUUAAGUUGGAGACGUCAAUCCAACAUAUAAUUUGUUAAAUUGUCGACAAAUUAAUAGGCCAUUUACUCUAUUGCAAAAGUGGUGCCACUGACUUAGUCUGGCUUCAAAUCCAGUAUGUCUACAAAUGAAUAAUGAAUAUGUUGGAUUCACAUCUCCAUCUCAACCAAGACGCAAAGUUAAAGAAUAUACUAAAUCAAAUCAGACUGUAUUUUAGGUGCAUUUAAAGUUUUUGAUUCGAUUUAGUCCCAUUCCUUAACUUACAUUUUUGGUUGAGAUGGAGACGUGAAUCCAACAUAUUAAUGAUUAACAUGAAGAUGACAUUUGAAAUCAACCAAGCUUUAAACCCUAGGCCUAUAUGUAUUGUCUAUAUUUAGUUGAACUCUGGGUUGAAUUGAAACAAUAGCUGUUGAUGACUUUUUAAAUGCUAUAUAUGCCUGACUAGUAUCAUUGAUGAUAUACUGUAUGACUUAUAAAGUAUGGUUACAUUUCAUUUGAUCUGUUAAACCUACCCAUUGGAAUGACUUCAAUAGCAACAGUGAAUAUAUUGAGUUAUUAAGAGGUCUCAAUAAUCAUUCUCACGAUAGCACAUUGGUAGUAGUCAGUGACAAAUAUUAAAGCUGGGCUUGGUUAAAACCCUGCAUGGAAGACCAAAUGAAAAGCUGUACUGUAGAUGGAGCAACUCUCCAGUAGGAGUUGCUGCCCAGCCUAUGUUUUUUUACAUUUUUUAUAGUGGAUAUAACGUUGGAGAUCUGAUGUUGUGUCAAGGGUACAUGUUUGGCAUUUUAUACAAGGUUUCUAUGUUGAAAAUUGCUUAAAUUGCUGACAUAAUCCUGUGGUUGGAAUUUCAGCCUCUGAACAACAGUUUGAUGACUUUUUUCCACAUCACAAUACAUCGACAAAUUACAUUGAAACAACGUUGAUUCAACCCGUUUGUGCCCAGUGGGUAGGGUCCUAAUGCAUUAAAUGGCUCACAACCAUAAACUACUAACCAAGGACUAUUUUACUUAUUGUUUUGUAUCAAAUGUAACAGAUGCUGCAAUGAUUAAGAAGAUGUCACUAAUAUAUUGUAAUUGUCAUACAUUGAUUAUGUAUGCUUUCGUAACGCAACUUUCUUCUCAGGUUAUUUGUGGAAAUAACCACAAAUUAUUAAUAAUCACACAUUUAUUCUCAGUAUUACAUUAACAACGUGUCAUCAUUUUCUGGUUACAUAGUUUAUAUUUGCUAGUCGGUUAAUAUAUAUAUAUUUUUUUGGUAGGAGGGAGUCUAUUAGUGGAUUUAUUAUUAUGUCCAUACACUCUGGUGAUUUCAGGACAACUGUGUAAUAACAAAAUACUAACCAGAGAUAAAUUACCUGCUAAUGUAAAUGACAAUCAAAUAAUACUACAUAUUUCUUAUUAUUUUUCUUUAAAGUUACAUUAGCUAAAUAACUACAUCAUUAGGUAUCUGAUUUGAGUUCCCCCACGUUCAUUAGAUAUUGUAAUAUUUGAAUGGGAAAGUCCUUCCGUGAAACAUCCGUCAAACAAACAGACCUACUGUAUGUAUGCCUCAAAAUUCCUUUACUCUCCAUGAGUAAGUCAAUAGCUAUGACAAAAUGUAACACCAUAUUGGAAUUCUAAUCAAACUAAAUGUGCCCUUUGACAUGAAGUGAAGGUUGAAAUGCAUUGUGGAGUAAUAAGAAUCUUUAAUUGUACAAUGUUUAUGACAAUCCUAGCAAUCUGCUGUGUACAUUGAGUCACUGUCACUUCAUCUGUUACAGUCACUCUCAUGAAGACUGGUGCUGUUCAUUUAGGUUGAAGAGAUGCUUAAAGAAAGUUGUAGAAUGCUUCGAGUAUGUGCUGGUUUACCCUUUUACUAUGUGCAAUGUCAAUUUAGAAAAUAAAUGUUUCUAGGCAGGUAUGUACUCAUGUAAAAUAGAGAUAUAGUUGUACACUAUAAACCAAUGUACUAUGUGAAUGAAAUGGAAAUAUUUUUGUAUUAAAAUAUCAUUAACAUUCCUUCAACCAUAAAUAUAAGCAGUAUCUUUACUGAGGUAUAGCUUGUAUCUGCUGAAGACUUUGUUAGAAUGACUAAUCCACACUAAAGACGAGAAUGAUGCUGGCAUGAGGGAAAAGGGAGCCAUUCUAUUUUUCAGUAGAACUUGUGUUGGCCUCUUGCUGGGGUCAGCCCAACGUAAACAUUGUUUUCAGUGAUAUGAGCAACACAUUGUUUCAACAUCAUUACUGUGUCCGUUUGUUAUUACUCUAAAGACACAACAUUGACUCUAUUCAAGCCCUACAUGCAGAUUUGUUUAGACAACUGUCCUGUUAAUGCUGCAUCAAUUUAAAAUACUGUUUGUUGAUUGUCAGCUAAAUGACUCCCUUGGUUGGCCUCCACUCAACCUUAUCAUUAAAAAAAAACUGUUGUUGGUUCAGUGUGCUCAAUGUCCAAUCAUAAGGUAAACUGCCUUUUGAUGCUGGUUGAAGGAACAUGUAGUGUAUGUUUAAUUAUCAAGCUCAUAGAAUAACAGUAAACCAUGUUCUCACAAGUGUCCAGUGUACUCUCUAGCUAACCAUCGUACGUAAAGAAUUUGCAUUAGUUGCCCCCAUUUCAAACCAGAGGCAGUUAUUCAUUUCCAUUAACCCAGUGCCACAGAUGAUUUCCUACAUUUAAGGUCAUGCUGAGAGCCGUUGUGUGUUUGCUGUGUAUUGCUUCAGUUUAUACAAAUGUUCAUGUUUAUUGGUAUGUGUGUUUCUUCAUUGUGAUUGCUGCGCUAGAUCAAAUGGUACUGGCUCUUUCUAUGAUUCUCUUUAAUCUGUCUCCCCCAGCAGUAGAUUAUGCACUUUUUGUUUCACUGUUUCAGACUAUAUUUUUAUGUUCAUGAAUUCUUCAUCAAGUGUCAUUCUUUUUUUAAAGGCAUGAUGUUACUUUGACUUUUGCAUUAGUGACCUUUAGAGUGGACUGUGCAUCCUUGCAGUAUAUGGGGUGGAGGGUCAAUCAAUGCAUACUGUAAAACAUUUGCCAGGAAAAAGUAAGACAAACAAAAACAGAACCUGUUACAUAUUAGCCAUUGCAUUGCAGAAAACUAAUUGAGAAUAUUGUAUUAUAGAAUGUACAAAACAUGUUGAGAUUAUAUAGUUCUUUAUUUUAUGAGAUGUCAAAUAGAUUGAAUAUAUGUUACAUGAUUUUAAAGUAAAACAAACAGAAGUAUUUUGUAACAGAUUAUUGAAGUGGCUUAUUUGGGGAGGUGAGGUUAUUAUUUUCUUCAGUUCAGCAAGUUGGUGUUAUGGUGUUUCACAGUCUAUUGUAUGGCUUGUUUUUUUCUGUCUGUAUAUACCAUCAAAAAUAAGCUUUAACAUAUUGUUAAUAUUGUUUUAAAAUAAAUUAAUAAAAAGUUUACAUUCUGAAACAG